CGGGACAUCGCUGUAUGAGGUACCUGAUUGGUCAGUGCUCUAGAUCUGCACAGGAAAUGUGUCCAAACUUUGAUAGAUCACAUCCGGGACUUGUUUCUUUCUCCGCCGGCUUGUACAGAAACCCUCUGCGGAGUCUGAGGCAGAUUCCUUCUUCCUGAGAGACAGUGUAAGAGAUCAAACAGGAAGUGGAGAUGGAUCUCAGACCGUUGCUGUUGUGUGUGGCGCUCUGUGUGGCUCAUAUCUCCACCAAACCCAUGGAGAAGAAGGAGCGAGUCCAUCACGAUGCUCCUCUCAGUGACAAGGAGCACGACGACCAGGAGAAUUUCGACUACGACCACGAAGCCUUCCUCGGCCAGGAGGAGGCCAAGACCUUCGACCAGCUCACACCAGAGGAGAGUAAAGAGAGACUGGGUAAAAUCGUGGAGAAGAUCGAUGAGGAUCACGAUGGCUUCGUGACGGUGGACGAGAUGAAGAACUGGAUUAAACACGCCCAGAAGCGCUGGAUUUAUGAAGACGUGGACCGACAGUGGCAGGCUCAUGACCUGGACUCAGAUGGACACGUGUCCUGGGAGGAGUACAAGAACGCUACAUAUGGAUACGUCCUCGAUGAGUCGGACCCUGAGGACGGAUUUAACUACAAGCAGAUGAUGAGCAGAGACGAGCGUCGGUUUAAGAUGGCGGAUAAAGACGGAGACGUGAGAGCGAAUCGUGAGGAGUUCACCGCGUUCCUGCACCCUGAGGAGUACGGCUACAUGCAGGACAUCGUGGUUCUGGAGACGAUGGAGGACAUCGACAAAAACGGAGACGGGUUUAUCGACCUGGAGGAGUACAUCGGUGAUAUGUACAGUCAGGAUGGAGACUCUACAGAACCCGAGUGGGUGAAGACGGAGCGAGAACAGUUCACUGAGUUCAGAGAUAAAAAUAAAGAUGGACGGAUGGAUAAAGAGGAGACGAAAGACUGGAUUCUGCCGUCUGACUACGAUCACGCCGAGGCUGAGGCCAAACACCUGCUGUACGAAUCGGAUGCAGAUAAAGACGGACGUCUGACGAAGCAGGAGAUUGUGGAUAAGUACGACCUCUUCGUGGGGAGCCAAGCAACGGAUUUCGGAGAGGCAUUAGUACGACACGACGAGUUUUAAUCCUGAAUCCUCUGCACAUGAAGAAACACAAAACGGACUGUAAUUUAUUUCCUGAUUCCCCCAGCUCGAUCCUACAAACUUCCAGAACUCCCAGUUCAGUACACUUACUGGUUUCUAGGGAUGUUUUUUUGGAAAAGGAAAUAAUCCGUGAUGAAUCGAGUUCAUUUUUAUGUUCGGAAGUUUUAAGUUUAUUCCUUAGGUAGAUACAUAGCUACGAAAUUCUGUGCGCGUGUGUGUGUGUGUGUGCGCGUGUGUGUGUGUGUGUGUGUGUGUGUGUGUGUGUGUGUUAAUGCACUGAACACUUAAAGUAUUCCCAAAUCAUUUUGUAUCAAGGAUUUUUUUGGAGUGUUCAGGUCUCUCCAGCGGCGUGCGGAAGGAUUCUGCCGGAUCAUGGAAGUCUGAGGAGAUGAAGAAUCUUCAGCAGAUGUUCCUCCUGAGCUGAAGAUCAGUCCCUACACGUAGCUGUGCCGAAGCACCGGUCACCAUCGGAGCAUUAACCACUGCCUACAUUUUACUAACCUAAUAUUUUAGGGUCCAGCAGAUUUUUGUGUUACGUCCUUCAUAAGAGUGCUAUAAUGUGUUAUAAGGAGUCACGGCUGCUUUAUUUUAUUUCUGGUCACUACAUUCUGUUCCUCUGAAUCACCAAGAUCACGGUCGAACCCACAUUUCCUUAUUUUUGUGUGUAUUUUCAGUCGAUUGUACAGUACUUACUGAGCUUCCUUUUCCAAAACCAAUUUUUGGAAUGACCAAUGACUGAAAUGAAAUGACCUGUCCAGGUGUGAAGCUUCUGUAUAAACCUUCUGUUUGUGUUUAAACUGUAAACUUGUGUGCAGUGACCGAUGAGGGUGUGAAUACAGCACACGGCCUGCACCUGAGAGGCUUUUCACAAUAAAAUAUAUGAAAAUGAA